UACAAAAAGGAUUUCUUGACUAAUGUUGAAACGAAAUCUCCAUUUUGCCCUCACCAGGCCUUAUCUUUCCCGCGAAAACGAACGGCCAUUUCUUCAAACCAUUGAAAAUCUCAGUCUCCAUCUUCGGAAUUGCAACGAUUUGAUUUCUUCAAUCUCCACUCACUCCAUAGCCUUAAAGCUUGGAUUCUUAAACAAUACUGUCACUGUCAACCAUCUCAUCAAUUGCUAUGUCCGGUUCCGCAGUAUUGCAACUGCACACCGACUGUUCGAUGAAAUGCCCAACCCAAAUGUUGUGUCGUGGACCUCACUCAUGGCUGGUUACGUCGACAACGGCCAGCCGAGUACCGCUCUUUUGCUGUUUGGGGAAAUGUUGAGAAGUCCAGUUGUUCCUAAUGAUUUCACUUUUGCGACUGCGAUUAAGGCCUGUUCGAUCCUCUCGAAUUUAAGAUAUGGUGAAAGGUUCCAUGCCCAUGUUGAGAUUUUUGGUUAUGGAUGUAAUAUUGUGGUUUGUUCUUCUCUUAUUGAUAUGUAUGGAAAGUGUAAUGAUGUUGUUAAAGCUAGGAGUGUCUUUAAUUCCAUGUCUUGUAAGAAUAUAGUUUCUUGGACUUCGAUGAUUGCUGCUUAUGCUCAGAAUGCUCAUGGUGAUGAAGCAUUAAAAGUGUUUAGGGAAUUCACUAGUUUAAGUUCUGAACGUCCAAAUCCUUACAUGUUAGCUAGUGUGAUUAGUGCUUGUGCAAGCCUGGGUAGGCUGGUUUCGGGAAAAGUCGUGCACGGUGCAGCUAUUUGUCUUGGCUGUGAUUCGAGCGAGGUAGUUGCAAGUGUGUUGGUUGAUAUGUAUGCUAAAUGUGGGAGUCUUGAUUAUUCUGAUAACGUUUUUAACAGAAUUUCAAACCCUUCUGUUAUUCCUUACACUUCGAUGAUUGUGAGCACAGCAAAGUAUGGAUUUGGGAGAAAGUCUCUUCAACUCUUUGAAGAAAUGGUUAGAAAAGGACUGAAACCUAACCAUAUCACUCUUCUUGGAGUCUUGCAUGCUUGUAGCCAUUCAGGGCUCCCUAAUGAGGGCCUUUAUUAUUUGACAUCCAUGUAUGAGAAAUAUGGGAUAAUGCCUGAGACUAAGCAUUAUACAUGUGUUGUCGAUAUGCUAGCUCGAUCUGGGGAGCUAGAUAAAGCCUUUGACAUAGCGAAAUCGAUGGAUGUAGCUCCUGAUGACAAGGCAUUGUUGUGGGGAGCAUUGCUUUCAGCGAGUAGGUGCCAUGGCAGGGUAGAUAUUGCAGCUGAAGCUUGUCAGCAACUCGUGAAUUCCAAUAGACAAGUUGCUGGUGCAUAUGUUACUUUGUCGAAUGCUUACGCGUCGGCUGGAGAUAUGGAGAAGGCUCACAAACUCCGAGUUGAGAUGAAACAUACUGGAGUUCACAAAGAACCAGGAUGCAGUUGGAUCGAGAUAAAAGAUUCAAGUUACAUAUUCUACGCCGGGGAAAUAACUUCAUGCCCACGAGGCGAUGAAGUGUUGUGUUUACUGAGAGAGUUGGACCAGAAAAUGAAAGAUCGAGGUUACGUAAGAGGAAGGAAAGGAUUGGUGUUUGUUGAUAUAGAAGAAGAGGCAGAAGAGGAAAAGGUUUGGUUGCACAGUGAGAGAUUGGCAUUGGGAUUUGGUUUGAUUAGCAUUCCAAAAGGACUUACUAUAAGAAUAAUGAAGAACUUGAGAAUGUGCAGUGAUUGUCAUGAGGCUUUCAAGCUUAUAAGUGAGAUUAUGGAGAGAGAAUUUGUGGUUAGAGACAUUAAUAGAUUUCAUCAUUUCCAAAGUGGUUGUUGCACUUGCAAUGGUUUCUGGUAAUUUGUUAAGAACACAGUGAAUUAUUGAAUCCCAAACCCAAAUUUGUUUUCAAAA